AUGACUACCUUUGCUCGUCCUUCAUUACUCGAUAAUCGUUAUGCAGCUAUAGCUGAGACUAGUGUAUUCACCUAUGAUGAUGAUGAUCUUGUUAAUUAUGCUGAUUUUCUUCGAAAACAUGGACGUUAUAUGACAAAAGCAGGUUAUGUUGAUUCAUCUCGACGUGUUCGUUCACUUCAUCGACAACAAGAUGAUUUACUUUUAUCACAACAUCAAACAUCACCAUCAAGAGGUGGUUUACUUGCUUCUAUUAGUAAAUCACCAUUAUCAUCAUCAGCACCAUUACCACGUAGUACAACACCAAAAAAAUUAAAACAAUCAACUGGAAAUGAAUUACCUUCUGUUAUAUCAAUUACAAAAAAUCUUGAAAAUAAAAAAAAAGAAUAUGAUAAACAAAUGAGACUUAUCGAGGAACAAAUGAUAAAAGCUAAACAAACUGAACGUGAAGGUAAACGUUUAGAAGGUGAUGUUAAAAAAGAACAACGACAUUUACAUCAUACACUUAAAGAACUUGAUAAUGAUGCAACUAGAAAACAUUUUGAAGCUGAAAAAAUUUUAUCAAAAAAUCUUGAAGAAAAAGAUAAAAUUGAAAGAGAAUUUUUAAAGAAAAAAGAACAGCAAACAAAACAACGAACUGAUCAUACAAUUGAUUUAUUACAAACAAAUAAAGAUAAAGAUCGUCAGAAUAUACUUGUUUGUAAUGAUCUUGCACGAAAAUAUCGAACAAAAGUAAAUGAACUUGAAAUGAAACAUCAACAAUUAACUCAACUUCAUACUGAAUUUGAAAAUAAAUUUCAUCAAAAAGAAUUAGAAGAAAAUCGAGCUAAAAAAGAAUUAGGUGAAAUAGCUAUGGCACUUAAUUUAGAAGCUCAAAAAUCUAAAAUUGAAAUGAAUGACUUUUUAAAUGUUAUGAAUCGUGAUCGUACACAAACAAUUAAACAUGAUCUUGAACAAAAACAACAAUUCGAAGAACGACUUAAUCAAACAAGUAUACAUGUAAAAAAUUAUGAUCUUGAACGACGUCGUCUUUCAGCUGAUGUAACAUUUCAUCGUUCAAUGCUUGAUCUUAAACAACGUGAAGCUCUUCGUCGAAUUGUUGAUACAAAAAAUCGAUUAGAAACAAUUUAUACUAAACAACGAGAACUUAAUCAAAAUGCAGCUAUUGCAGAACAAGAUCGACGUGCAGCUGAAUUAAUGACUAAAAUGAAUGAUAUUGAAAAUCGUCGAACAAAUUUAAUGAAUCAAUAUUUACGUGAAAAAACUGAAAAAAGUGAAGAACGUGAAACAGUUGGAGCAAAUAAAGCAAAAGUUCGUCAUGCUGAAUUUGAAACACGACAACAUGAAGAUCAUUUACGACAUUUUCAAAAAACUGUAAGUAAAAAUGAAGAAGUUGAACAUGAAUUACGUAAAUCAGUGAAAGAAACUGAAUUUGAACGACGUAAAAAAGAACAAGAAGUACAACAAUUAAAACAAGAAUUAGAUCGUAAAAAACGAUUAGAUUCUAUUCAUAUUCGUGAAGAAAUAGCUAAAGCUGAACGAGAAGAAAAAGAUUUAGAACAGCAAUUAACAAAAGAAAAAUCUAAAUUAGAUAAAUUACAUACACAAUGUGAAGAUAAUUAUUUACGUUUAUUAAAACAACGAGAACAAAUACGUGAAACAAAAACAUUAUUACAAAUACAUCAACGUGAACAUGAACGUCUUUUACGUGUUCAUGCUCGAUCACAAUCAUUACAAUCACUUAAUAAUAUAUAA